AAUGGACGAUGGCUCAGAUGUUGUACCCUUGAUAACCGCUCAAUACGACCCCGGCUCAGGGUCCAGUCCCAAGAUAUCAGCUUUCUACGAUGAUAUUGAGAACAGUAUUCAAGUGCCGGAUAGGGAACCCAGUAUGAUUAGUAUGGAUACAAACUCCGUGGCACUGGAGAGAAACUCACUUCCUCAACCCACUAAUAGACUAUACUACCCACCAGAAGUAGAGAACGCCGGGUCAGAGAACUUAUCAGAGAACUUGUCCGGGAGCUACAUCUCUUGUCAGAUAUGCCAGACCACCAUCUCCAUCAAGUCUCUGAAAGCGAGGGUUGUCAAGUGUCCACGCUGUCAGGAGGGAAAUCCAAUCAAAGAGCCGCCCCCUGGUAAGAAGUACAUCAGAUGUGCUUGUAACUGUCUGCUAGUGUGUAACAACACUGCACGAGCGGUUAUCUGUCCAAGAGAGGGCUGUAAUCAUAGAACACAACUUGUUACACCUCUACCUACUCCUCAACUUGUCAAGGAGAACAAGGAACCUUCCAUCAACUGUCCCAAAUGUAGCUACAACAUUAGGGUAUUGCUUACAAGCAGACAAUACUUUCGAUGUUCCAGGUGCAAUACAAGGAUCACGUCCUUCACCAAGACGGAACGCUCACUGCUUCUCCUAAGAUACCUCGGAUUCUUUAUAAUCAUUGCACUUCUUCUUACUACUGGAAUUCUUAUCUUGGAACUGGUUCCUGGAAAGAUUUGGGAGCCUCUUAUGUUUUGUGGUUUAGCCUUUGGAGUUGGAUUCCCCUGCUUGAUAUAUCGUUUGAUCCCGCUAUACAAGUCAAAGCCUUACCGUUGAUAGAUUGUGUUUAUAACUUACAGAGAUAAAAUUGUUUAACGUUUUUAAUUUAUUUGUGUAAAUAAUCAUGUAAAGAUGGAAUGUAUUUAAUGUUUAUGAAUCAUAACACUCAAGUUAAAUUAUUGUUAUCCGUUUAUCAUCUUGUCACGUGACUAACUCCGUUUUUUGUUUUUAAAUACAUUUUCUACGUAUGUUUUUUAAUGCCAUAUAAGAAUUUAGAUAAAUAUGUUCCAAACGUGCAGUGCCCAUUGACAAUUUAUUAACCGAUUUGAUUUAUUGCUUAAUGCA